UGUUAAAAUUCUUCUCAGCUCUUCCAGCGCCUCCUACCAACAAAAUUAGAAACUGCCUGUGAGAAAAUUUUCCUGUGUGCAAAUUGUUAAUUUUUGGGGAUUUUUCCUCAAAAUCCUUGCACACUGCAACUGUAGAUAAUUAAGUGAUACCCAUAGGAGUACACAAGGUUCCGGGAGAAAAAUCAAAACAUGGGAGGUCACCACUUACCAAAGGUCCCAGAUGCAUCCAUCUACAAAGUUGAGGAUGUUCCAGAACUGCUGGAAGUUCAGAAAUCUCUGUCGCGUCAGGGAUUGAGGGAUCCUUGGCUGCGAAAUGAAGUCUGGCGGUACGAUGUCAAGCAAUUCGGAACACAUCGUCAGCGUUUGAUGUCUGUGCUCUUCCGUGGCUUCGGGAUUGGAUUUGCCGCCUUCCUGGCCACCAUUGGGAUUGAGAAAGCAUUCAACAUUGACUACACAGGAGGACGCCAUGCGCAUGGACAUGGACAUGGCGAGGAGGGGCAUCAUUAGGCAAAGAUAAUUCAAUAAAUUGAUUGUAGAUGAGAAAA